AUGAAGCGGAUCACUGGCGGCAAGAAGCAGCGGCCGGUUAUCCGCCAUGAGAACCCGAAUCUCGGUGCGGGUGCAGGUGUCGCAUACGGCACCAUUGUUGUGCCUGGGCACAACUCGUUCCCUGCGCCGGCACCGGAUUCCACGCCUGAUGCGCCGCCGAUACCCGACCAGCCCAUGCAGCCUGACGCAUCGUCCGCACAGGCGCCUCCCCUAUCGCGCGUGCGACCUCCUCGUUUAUCGCGCGUCAUGAAAAUGCCCGAUGUCGAUCCGUAUGCUAGCAUGGCCGGCAGUGUGUCGACGCCUCCCAGCACGCUGGAUGCCGCCGUUCCCGACUCGACUCCGACGCCGCCUGUGGCACCAAGUCCCGCCGCACACGUACCCAAUGUCGCUGUAUCUACUGUACCACCGCCAUCCACUUUACCACCGCUCGUGCGCGAGGCGCCACUGCCGAGCCAACCCCCACCUAUUCAAUCGCGCGCUCCUGAGCGACAAGAAGCAUCAUCACAACCACCCGUCGCCGAGUCUUUGCGUCUCGGCUCUCUGACGCAGGAGCGAGAGAUUGCAGAAGCACGUCGUAAGCAAAAGCUGCGUCUCCUACGAAGCGCUGAGCGUGAGCGGCACCUAUCGCACGCACCGCGCGUGAUGCAUCCGCAGCCAAGUCGGCCGGUAGAAGCCUACGUCGAUGCGAGGGAUGCACCCCAUUUCCAGGGACUUCAUGCUGUGCUGCGCAAAAUCAAGACGGAAUGGGGCUUUCUGCUCGAUACGGACUUUAAUCCUGUGCGUCUGUCGAUGGCGCUCCUACCCCACGGUCCGCUGCGGGGAUCCAUGUCGGACUUUUCGUCGCUCGCUGGCUUGAUUGAGACGUCGCUGCAAAGCACUGUGGGAGAUCAUUUUCAUUCGUUUGCGUCUGCGAUCCAUGUGAAUCACGGCAUGAUUUCGUCCUUGUCGGCGUCCCAGGACGGCGUCUCUGCUGCGCGCCAACAACUGCAGUCGGCUCGGGACGCGCUUGGCACGCGCCGUGCUGACCUCGUGCAGAUGUGGCAGCGCCUGCAGAGUGUCAAGGAGGCGAUGCGCAUCUUGGCGCUGCUGGAGCAGCUACGCGACGUGCCCGACGAACUCGAGUCGCUCAUGACCGAAAAGCGGUUCCUCGAAGCGACGCACCUGCUGAUGCGCUCGCUGCGUCUCAUCCAGCGCGAAGACUUGGCUGAGCUCGGUGCCACAGCUGAUUUGCGCGCCUAUUUGCGCGCCCAAGAGCAUUCGCUCCUGGACAUCCUCAUCGACGAGGUGCAGAGCCACCUGUACCUCAAGAGCUACUGGUGCGAUGUGCGCUGGCAGUCCUACAUGCCUGGGCAAGAUACGCUGCCUGAUAUGGUCCUCGGCGCACACAGCUCCGACGCACGGCCGUGGACGACGCUCCCGCAGUUUCUCGAUGCCCUGCACUCGCGCGUAGCGAAAGACGACGCGGCGUCCCCCCAUGCUAUGCGAUCUCGUGCCUCGGAAGAGGACAGCUUUCUGUACCUGGAAAUGCUUCUCGAGUCGCUGGCGCAGCUGGGCAAAAUGGGCUAUGCUCUCGAUACGAUCGCGCAAAUGCUGCCGACUGAAUUGCACCAAUUGGUCGACACGACGAUUGACCAAGUCGAGGCGCGAUAUGCCGCGCAGAACACGUCGACGAGUGUGCGUCUUGAGACGGUCCUGUUUGCUCCGCACGCGACGCACAGCGUGCUCGAUGAGGGACGGACGCACCGUACCUUUUCUCUGCGUGGCCUGCCGGAUGCGCGCACGUCGGCGAAUGCGGAGAUCGCCGCGCUGCAGCGUGACGCUGAGAUUCUCCGCGACCUCUUUUGGACGUUGUGCUCGAAGCUUGAGGCGGUGCUCGCCGCGCAUCGUGCCGUCCAAGAAGUCGCUCGUGCCUUGCUUGUGCGUACGAGCCAUGACGAUGCCGGUGCUGCCGAUCGUGCGAACGCGGACAUGGGCAUCGCGGCGCUGUCGGGCGUAUGGGGCGCGGUCGAGUACGAGAUCCGUAUGCUGCUCCUGGACUACCUGGCAGAGGACUCGGAGCGCUCGACCGUGUCUCAGCAUGUGCCGUCGCUGGACGCGGUGCUGCGCAUGACGCGCUUUGAGCGCGAGCGCAAUGUGCUCUUCCGGCUCACGCCCGCGCAUCGGAUGCCCUCCGUCGCGGCCUCGGCGGAUCGUGUGGACGAGGCCCUCGAUGUGUAUGUGCCCGGUCUGAUGGGCAAGGAAACCGGCCUGCCUUUUGUGAUGGAGCCGCGCGCUCACGCAGACGAGUAUCUCGGUGCGGGGCACCGCCGCAUUGUCAAGCCGCUGUCGUUCACGGCCUCGGUGCUUUUGCCGCCGACCUUGCAGCUCGUUGUGCGUGCCGAGCAGAUAUGGCCGGUGGAUGCCGACCACGGAGCGGACUUGGGCGCCUUUUUGCGCGACUUUGUGCGGGGCCGAUUCUUGCCGCUGCUGGGCCAGCAGGUCCGCACGCUCGUUCAGAACGCGUCGAGUGCGCCGGACGCGUUCCAUGCUGAGCCAGCCGCCCGGAUCGGCGUUGCGCGCGCUGUUGUUCGCAGCAGUGUCCAGCUGGUGGCACUCAUGGACAGUCUCUACUCGAUGCAGCAGGCUGCGCCCUUUGAUCAGGCCGGCUUCACCAACAUGAUCAUACUGGCCUUUCUUGUGUACUACGAAGCAUGCAAUGCGCGUUUCAAGCGCCUCGUAUCGGAGGACGGCGACUCGCCCGAUGGACCGUACAUGCUCGCGGCGGUAUGGACGCAGCGGCCGGAACUGUACGCGUGUCUCGCUACGGCGAUGGAUGCGCCCCCGUCCAGCACACGUGCGGCCGACGCGUACCGAGCAGAGGCACGCACCGAGAUGCGCCUCGCCGAGGGCCAGGCGCCGCGCCGUGCGGAUUUGCUCACGUCGCGCAAGCGGCACAUGUCUCUCGGGACGCUGCACCACAGUUUGGACUGGCUGGGCACGCACAUGGCGCCCUUCCACGCACCGGACUCGGGUGCCGAGCCCCUGCCCGUGUCGCCCGAGGCGCAGAAGCUGUGGCAGGAUGUGCCGUCGAUGUAUGCGGUCUUGGCCAAGUGUGUGCUUAUGACGUUGCGCGUCGAGCUGCGUCUCAAGACGCUGUACUAUCUGCGCGAAGCCAUCCGCGGGACGUACAUAUGCGAUGCUCUGUCGAUGGAGCCAGACGUGCACGUCGUCGAGCUGACUACCGAGCUGAGUGCGUGCCAUGAAGUGUACCGAGAGACGAUGCUGCCGCAGCACCAUGCCUAUGUGUUUGGCGGACUGGAUGUGCUCAUGGACACGCUCAUGACCGAAGCGGUCCUGCAUGUGCGUGCGAUCAACCGCUUUGGCGUCACGAAAAUGCUGCGCAAUCUGCUCAGUGUGCAGCAAAACCUCAAAAACAUCGUCGACGAGCCGCGGCGCAUCCACCUCGAUCGCAGCAGGCGUCUCUGGGAGCUCCUCGCCCACGAGCCAGAGUCAUGGCUGCCCGACGCGCCUGCCACGUACUCGGCUGCCGAGUACCUCGCUGUGGUGCGCCUAUCGCUCGGCUGGGGCGUCGACCACGCGCCCAUCCCCCUCGCAGGCACCACGCAGCAAGGCGUGUCGGACGAGCGGUUCCGAGCCUGUGUCCAUACCCUUGACGCGGCGCUCAAGCGGGCUGCUGCGGCUACAUAG